GGAGGACUGGCCAGUCUGGAAGAGUAUCCGUUGCCAGGAUACGCGGCGGCCGGCGGCAGGCAGCUUGUAGUGAGGCCUUGAGAGCAGAGGAAAGCUGUUCACGGGUGAGAGGAACAUCUCGAGUGAGCGAAGAGGUUCGCGGCCCGACUGGUGGGCUCCGCGGUGGUGGAGGCAUCGGAAAGAACUUCGAGUGCCCCAGGGCAGUGCGACCCCCUUACUUCUGCACCCUCAGCGGUGCGAUUCCCCGCCUUCCGCGCCCUUCAACGGGGCGACCCCCUUCCUUCCGCGCCUCUCAGCCUCGGCGGAGUGGUUAAAGUGAGCAAACAAUGGCCACUAAUCACAAACCUUCAGCAGCUCGCCCUGUUUCACGAGGUGGCAUUGGACUGACAGGAAGGCCUCCUUCUGGAAUACGACCCUCAUCAGGAAAUAUUCGAGUGGCAACUGGAAUACCACCUGGAACAGCAAGACCAGGCUCUCGUGGUGGUCCUGUAGGGAUAGGAGGAGUUCUGUCUUCUCAGAUCAAAGUUGCUGAUCGUCCUGUAACGCAACAAGGUUUGAGUGGAAUGAAAACUGGGAUGAAAGGUCCCCAGAGGCAAAUUUUAGACAAAUCUUAUUAUCUUGGGCUUCUUCGAAGUAAAAUAAGUGAACUUACAACAGAAAUUAAUAAACUUCAAAAAGAAAUAGAAAUGUACAAUCAAGAGAAUUCAGUAUAUUUGUCAUAUGAAAAGAGAGCUGAGACUUUAGCUGUUGAAAUCAAAGAGUUUCAAGGACAACUAGCAGACUACAACAUGUUGGUAGAUAAACUUAAUACCAACACUGAAAUGGAAGAAGUAAUGAAUGAUUACAACAUGCUUAAAGCUCAAAAUGAUCGAGAAACGCAAAGUAUGGAUGUUAUAUUUACUGAAAGACAAGCGAAGGAAAAACAAAUUAGAAGUGUAGAAGAAGAAAUUGAACAGGAAAAAAAAGCAGCAGAGGACAUUAUCAAAAAUAUGUCUCCUGAAAACCAAGUCAAGUACAUAGAAAUGAAAAACACAAAUGAGAAAUUGUUGCAGGAAAUAGAUACACUUCAGCAGCAAUUAGAUUCACUGAACAUGAAAAAAGAGAGCUUAGAAUCUGAAAUAGCACACUCCCAGGUAAAACAGGAGGCUGUAUUGCUGCAUGAAAAACUUUAUGAGUUGGAGUCCCAUCGAGAUCAAAUGAUUGCAGAAGACAAAAGCAUGGGAUCUCCAAUGGAAGAGAGAGAUAGAUUACUUAAGCAGGUUAAAGAAGAUAAUCAGGAGAUAGCCAGCAUGGAGCGACAGUUAACAGAUAUAAAAGAAAAAAUAAAUCAAUUUAGUGAAGAAAUUAGACAACUUGACUUGGAUUUAGAAGAACACCAAGGUGAAAUGAAUCAGAAGUAUAAGGAGCUAAAAAAAAGGGAGGAAAAUAUGGACACUUUUAUGGAGACUUUUGAGGAAACUAAGAAUCAGGAACUGGAAAGGAAGGUACAGAUAGAAGCUAACAUUGUUGCACUUUUGGAGCACUCUAGUCGAAAUAUAAAUCGUAUGAAACAGAUAUCCUCUAUCACUAAUCAAGAGCUAAAGAUGAUGCAGGAUGAUCUCAAUUUUAAAUCUACUGAAAUGCAGAAAUCACAAAGUACAGCUCGGAAUCUGACUUCAGAUAGUCAGCGUCUACAGUUGGAUCUGCAGAAAAUGGAGCUUCUGGAAAGUAAAAUGACUGAAGAACAACAAUCUCUAAAAAGCAAAAUUAAGCAAAUGAUAAGUGAUCUGGAGACAUAUAAUGAUUUGCCAUCUUUAAAAUCAGCAGGUGAAGAAAAGAAAAAGAAAUUACAUCAGGAAAGAACAGUAUUAUCAACCCGCAGAAAUGCCUUUAAAAAAAUAAUGGAGAAACUAAAUGUAGAAUAUGAGACGCUAAAAACACAAUUACAAGAAAAUGAGACACAUUCUCAGCUUACAAAUUUGGAGAGGAAGUGGCAACACCAUGAGCAAAAUAAUUUUGUCAUGAAAGAAUUUAUAGCAACCAAGAGUCAAGAGAGUGAUUACCAGCCAAUUAUGAAAAAUGUGACAAAGCAGAUUGCAGAGUAUAAUAAAACCAUCGUGGAUGCUCUACAUAGCAUGAACAGAAACUGAGUCUUAACCAACUGCAAGUUUCUAUAGAAAUAUCCUCUUGUUGCUAAACUUUGUACACGCCAACUGAAAAAAAAAAAAAAAAUAGCUUACCCUUGAAGAGUUCUACGUAAAAUUUUAGAAUGCUAUAAUUUUGUGGCCUCUUUGAAGAGUGAUGUUUUAAGUAGUAUAGUAGUUUAAUAAAUAAUUUAUGUAUAAAAUGUCAUCUCCUUUUAUAUUUGUAUUUUAUUCGUGUGAGUGAUUAAAAAAAGUCUCAAAGAACCAGGAGAUAAACUAAAAGUGGUCAUUGUUAUUCAUUUAGUUGGUAUAAUCCAUCUGUGACAACAAAUGAGGUCAUCUUUUCAUGUGUCAACUUUAGGAGGUAUGCAUGUCUUAGGCAUGGAGCACUUGUAUUUAGCACUUGUAUCAACCUUGCUAGUUUUUACUUCUAGAAAAAGAUAGAUAGUAACAAUAGAACAGAGAUAUUUUGUUUGGGGCAUAGAAAGUCACAGGUAGAAGUACAACAUAUUUUUUAUAUAUCAGUUAUUCUUAAAGAUUUGGGAUUAAAAUUCUUAAUCUUUGCAUUUUUAAAAUACUUUCUCUCAUGUAUAUGUUAUGAAAAACAUGAAGUUUAAAAGAAUACUGUACUUAUGAUGGACUCUUUUGGACUAUGACUGCAGCUGUUCGUUUCCACCUUGGAAUAUGCAUUCACUCUUUUGUACCAUAGGAGGACUUAAGUAGAUUAAUUUGUAAGCAUUGCCAGAACAAUUGAAAGGAAAAGGUAAAGAGGUAAAACUGUGUGAUAUAAAUCUGGGAGACAUGGUAACUAAAAAUGUAUCCUCUCUUUUGGGGAGGAAUGAGCACCAUAAAGUAUUCCUUGAAACUGUCAUUUUAUUGCUUUGAUCUCAUGUUCAUGAAGUUACUCACUAAUCCUGAAACACAAGCAUAUUAGUUUCUUUUUUUAAAUUAUUUUUUGAGAUACAACUUAUGUACAAUAAAAGCACCCAUGUGUGCUGCUUUCUUGAAAUAAAUAUUCAAUCACUAAAGUAUUCAGCUUUAGUUGUGUGUGAGUUUAGGUAGAGGGGUGAGCUUUUCUGAGUUUAACUCUGGAUUACUAGUAUAUGUAAAGAUCCUAAGCAAUGAUGCAUUAAAUGUGUUCUCAUAAAAUAUGUUCCUCAGAUCCCGAGUCCUUGAGGUUAUUAAUAGAUGUUAUAAGGAUUCAUGUCAAAGAAAUUUGAGAAACAUCAUUUGAAACAAAAAUAAAUUGUUUUCUUUCUGACUAUUCAGGACCCUUAAUAUGCUGAUUGCGAUAAGUUCAAGAAAAAUAUGUGCUAUUAAUAAUGGAGUUUUUUCAGAGUAGUGAGAUUGUGGGUCUUUUUAUCUUCACUGGAAUUUCUGAUACUUUCUCAAAAUUAUCUCUGAUAUGCAUAUAACACUUAGAAAAAAAUUCAAGGUCCUAUAUACAGUCGGUACUUUAACUUGUAGAAAGGACAUAUGAGAGUUGAGACAACUCUGUAGUCUUUGAACUAGAACUGAACCAGUACUUAACCAGAAAGUAGGAGGAAAACUGCCUAUCCAUUAACUAUGUGUGUUUGUGUUAUAACAGUGUGAAGUUUGGCAGAAAAGAAAAAAAAAUUUUCUUGAAAAAGCAAGGAUCCCAACUUCCAUUCUGAAUUACUCAUAUAUGAUAUUUGGGGAACAUAAUUGAGUAGGAUUUAUUUAAACUAAAAUGUGUUAUCUGAGGGAAAUUCUUACUAAUGUCUCUUCCUUCCUCUCAGGGCUUUUCAAAAAAUCUAACAAGAAUAUUCUCUCAGCUAGGAUGGACCUGGAGGCUACUCUCUGUGUGAACUGGCUCUUCCUCAGUCAGUCGCAUUGCUCAGUGAGUUUCAUUCCCGUUGUAAUAACACCUUGUAAGUCAUAUGGAAAGAAGUUGCAGGCUGAACAAACAUGCUGAGUAGUUUUACUAAUGAAGAUCAACAUGGGAAAGUUAAUAAGUCUUUGUUUUUCCCAUUCUUAUCUUUAUCAAUAAAUAAAUGUGAGUUCUUGAUAAUUUUAUUCACUAACAACAGUCUCUGAUUUGGACCAUAUUCUGGUUUAUUGUUAAAGUGUAAAAUUUAGGCAAAGUGAGAAUUCAAGCAUGGAGUAAUGCCAUUCUCACUAGAGAUGACAGACCAGUUAAAAGGAGCUCUAGGGGUUCUUGCUUUCCCUCUGCCUAAUUUCUGUAUAGCUCUUUCCUUUAGCUGUAUGGUUCUAACAUAAAAACCUUAAUAAAUUAGAAUUUUUAGGCUUAAAGUAAGAAGAAAUCAAAGUGGACUACUAGAGAAUUGUGGUGAUCUAUUUUAAAAUUAUCUUUCAUUUUCGUGUAUCUUUUUAAAUAAAAGCAGGUUGUAUCUUUAAACUGCAGAUGCACAGUUUGAGAUCUGAGAUUGAACAUCUUUAAAAAAGACAAUUUUUAAUACAAAGGUAGAACAUUUAGGAAAGACAGAUAAACAAAAUGGAGAAAAUAAAUUACUUGUAAUCAUACCAGUCCCUUUAAUUGUGCGUCUCUAUGUCUUGUCAUGUGUAUUUAUAAAUUUAUGUAUUUUUAAUAAAAUUAAGAUCAUA